CGCACCGCACCGGAAGGGCGCGGGGGGAGCGGGAGCAGCGGCCGGGCCCGCGCUCAGCCGGCGCCAUGGGGAAGCGGCAGCACCAGAAGGACAAAAUGUACAUCACGUGCGCGGAGUACACGCAGUUCUACGGGGGCAAGAAAGCCGACCUUCCACGAACUAAUUUUAGACGUUUAGCAUUUGAUCACUGCAGCUUGUCUCUGCAGCCAUUUGAUUACCCAGUUUGCACACCAGAUGGGACAGUCUUCGACAUACUGAACAUUUUUCCUUGGAUAAAGAAAUACGGAACCAAUCCAAUCACAGGAGAAAAACUAGAUGCCAAAUCACUUAUAAAACUGAACUUUGCUAAAAACAGUGAAGGUAAAUACCACUGCCCAGUGCUGUUUACUGUAUUCACCAAUAACUCCCAUAUUGUGGCCAUCAAGACAACUGGAAAUGUCUUUGCUUAUGAGGCAGUUGAGCAGCUGAACAUAAAACCCAAGUGCUACAAGGAUCUUUUGACAGAUGAGCCCUUCACUCGGCAAGACAUUGUGACACUGCAGGAUCCAACAAACCUGGAUAAGUUCAAUGUCUCAAACUUCUUUCAUGUUAAGAACAACAUAAAAGUAAUUGAUCCAGAUGAAGAAAAAGCAAAAUUAGAUCCAUCUUACUAUUUGAAAAAUACAAAUACAGAGACCCGAGAGACUUUACUGGAGCUUUAUAAGGAAUUUAAAGGCGAUGAUAUUCUAGCAGCUACUAUGAAGGCCCCUGAAAAGAAGAAAGUGGAUAAGCUGAAUGCAGCCCACUAUUCCACUGGAGCAGUAAGUGCUUCUUUCACCUCCACGGCAAUGGUGCCUGAAACUACCCAUGAAGCAGCUGCUAUUGAAGAAGAUGUUGUGAGAUACAGAUACGUGAAGAAGAAGGGCUAUGUGCGACUUCAUACCAACAAAGGAGACCUAAACUUGGAGCUGCACUGUGAUAUGACACCCCGAACAUGUGAAAACUUUAUCAAAUUGUGCAAGAAGAACUAUUAUGAUGGAACAAUUUUUCACAGAUCAAUUCGUAAUUUUGUGAUCCAAGGAGGUGAUCCAGCUGGCACAGGAACAGGAGGAGAAUCUUACUGGGGAAAACCUUUCAAAGAUGAAUUUAAGCCCAAUUUGUCCCACACAGGACGUGGUAUUCUUAGUAUGGCCAAUUCGGGACCCAACACAAACAAAUCACAGUUCUUCAUCACAUUCCGCUCUUGUGCAUAUCUGGACAAGAAGCAUACAAUUUUUGGAAGAGUGGUUGGUGGCUUUGAGACUCUGACUGCUAUGGAGAAUGUGGAAAGUGACCCCAAAACAGACCGUCCCAAGGAGGAAAUACGAAUUGAGACAACAACUGUUUUUGUUGAUCCGUAUGAAGAGGCAGAUGCCCAGGUUGCUGCAGAAAGAGAGAAAGUCCAGCAAGAAGAAGAAGCCAAAACAAAGGCUGAGGUGGUCCAACCAAAGAAAGAGGUCCAGGCUCCUAAAACUUACCGUCAGGGGAUUGGAAAGUACAUCAACAUGGCUGCAGCGAAGCGCAGCAUGGAGGAUGACGCGCCCUCCACCAGCACCGCUGCCAAGAAGGAGAAAAAGAGCACAGGCUUUGGGGACUUCAGCUCCUGGUAGCAGCACAGGCAGCCCAACACUAGAGCAGCACAGCGAGAUGGAAAGGCCUCCCACGUGUCCCUAAGAGCCCGAAAGACUGUCUGUCCUGGGGAGGGAAGGCACCAGCCUGCCCUUCCACCAGAGAAGAAAACUGUUGCUUUGUUAAGUGUGAUUAACGUGGCUUUGUUUUCUAGAGAGCUGCGUUCCCCCCACUGCAUCUUCCUCGAAGGCCUUUUUGUUGUUGUUUUGCUGAGCAGGGAGCAGGCAGCCCAGCUCUGCUGGGGAUUAGCUGGAGCCUUUCCCGGCCUGGCUGGCAGCAGACCAGGCAGAGCCCGGCCCGGCAGGGCAGUGAGCAGCUGAGCUGGUGAAUGAGCUCCUUUUACAGGUAAUAGUUUCCAGAGGAGCCUUGUGUGCCAGUGAAAGAGUGAAUUCCUGUGCUGCUGCAGUGCUCUGCAGAGGCCAGGAGGGGGCUCUGGCCUGCCCUGCCCCCCAGCUGCUUUUUGCUAGUUCUCAACAAGGACCAACUCUGUCUCUUGCUCUUUGUGGGCCUGCCUCGAGGCUGGGCUGGCUGCUGUCAGUCUCCAUAGCCCUAUUACUCCAAGUGAACUGUCUCUCUGUACCUGUUUAACUCUGUCAGCCUGGGAAGCAGCAAGUAGAGAUGAGGAGCCUGGGGUAGUGACACCACUUGUUCCUCCCAGUGACUGUCCUUCCCUGAGCCACUGGGCAGCCAGAGGUGCCGGGAUGCAUAGUUCAGACCCACUCAUGGGUCCCAGAAACUGCAGCCUGGAGCAGUUCAGCAGGAAGAGUAGCAGCUUUUUAUUUUUUGAAGUGUUUCUUCCCCACCCCUGAAGCCUGCUCCUUGCAGGGGAACACUGAUGCUGGAGUCUGCCUCAACCUCAGCCCUCCCCUCAUCAGGGAAAACCAUCUGAUAGCUGACAGGCAUCUCAGAUCUUUUUGUUGCAUACCCACAGAUUAUUAGAAAACUUAAUAAAGGCCUGAUGAGGUAGAGAUUCAUCAACCUGGGAAGUUUGAAUUAAAAAACUGCCCUCAGACAUAGCAGGCUACAUCCUGAACGUUGCUGCUCAGUUCAUCUUGGGUGGCUCCAGAGGACAGAAAUACCCUCCCUGUCUCUCUGUCUGUCUGAGAUCAUUUUGUAAUCAGCUUUGUAACGAUACAUUUAUAUUGGUGGGUUUAUGUUUUAAGAGAAGACUCCAUUUGUAUGAAGCUGCUGAAAAACCUUUUGGUAAAAUGUUUUGUAUUAAAUGCUUUUAUUUCCUUUCGAGUGCUCACCGUUGGCUGCACAACUGCCGUUCCCAGGAUCAUGGCAUUGCAGAGCUGACUGUUGUGCAAGGAAAUGAUUCAUUCCUUACUUUUCAAGAUGCUCCUGAGGAAUUCUGGGAUCUUUGUGGAUAUGAUUACAUCUUUGUUAAACCAUAGGAAGUUCAAAGUAGUUGGAAAGAAUAAGAGGGAGUUUCUGGUUUGCAGCGUACAAGUUUGAAAUAACAUGUGUUUGAUUCCUGGAACAGGGGUUAUAAUGGUACUUUCCUCAAGCUGAGCUUCUUGUGUCUUAAUGAAACUUCUUUGAUUCCCCUA